UCUCUAUACAUAUCUCUCUCCCUCUCCGCCUCGUUUCGAGAUUUUUUUUUUAAAAUUUCCCCUUCCGAACGAACAAACCGUAACCCUAACUCUUCAACUUCUUAAUUUCUCCUCCAAUUCGAUUCGAUUCUAAUCUCAAAUCUGAAUUUUCUGUUUCAUUCCAAAACCCUAAAUCCAAUUUUGCUUGAUUUAUGGGUCGAGAUUCUGCUACUUCGUUGGCACCGGGGUUCCGAUUCCACCCAACCGAUGAAGAGCUCGUCAGUUACUACCUGAAGCGCAAAGUCUCUGGAAAACCCUUUCGUCUUGACCCUAUUUCGGUCAUUGAUAUCUACAAAUCAGAACCCUGGGAUCUCCCUGGGAAGUCGAAGCUGAAAACUAGAGAUUUGGAGUGGUACUUCUUCAGUGCUUUGGAUAGGAAAUAUGGCAAUAGUUCGAGGACUAAUAGGGCUACGGAGAAAGGGUACUGGAAGACAACGGGAAAGGACAGGCCGGUUCGUCAUAACUCGACGACUGUUGGAAUGAAGAAGACCCUUGUGUAUCAUAUUGGGCGGGCUCCUCGUGGUGCACGCACCAAUUGGGUGAUGCACGAAUACAAACUCACUGACGAGGAGAUGGCAAAAUUUUCAAUUGUUCAGGAUGCGUUUGUGCUAUGUAGGAUAUUUCAGAAGAGUGGUACUGGACCAAAAAAUGGAGAACAAUAUGGUGCCCCUUUUAUUGAGGAGGAAUGGGAAGCAAACGAAGAGCUGCCUCUGGUACCUGGUGAUGAACAAGUGGCUGAUGAAUUGCUAGGCGGUGGAGGGGUUCAUGUUGAAGGCGACGACUUCAGCGAGAAUGUUGAUGAAGGUAUUCUAUCUGAAACUGCUCCGCCCCCACCAUUUAACUUCUAUUAUGGUGAGACCAGCAACUCAAUUGAGCAGCCUGACAAUUUCAUUGAAGAUGAUCAAAAGGCUGCAGUUGGCAUAUGUGAGACAUCAGAGCUUCCUGAUGGACAGACGUUAUUUGUUCUACCAGACGAGUGUGGGUUACGCGAUAGAUUGGUCAAACAUGAGUAUCUUGCUGAGUCGAGCAAUGAUGCUGAUGCUAAUGCUGCUGAUGAGGUCGAUGCUGGUGAUGUGGAUGGUCGUUACGUAUUGAACGAGCCAUUCUUUAGUGCUUCUGAUAAUCUUUCUUUUAGUGAUGAACUACUUUUGGAAUCCAAUGAGCUCUCAAACCCUACUGAAAGUGAUCCUGCUGCUUUUGACGUGCUUGAGGAGUAUCUUACCUUCUUCGACGCAGACGGUGAAAAUGAAGAUAUGUCUUUCGAUCCUUCUGAAAUUCUCGGAAGUGACAGUUCUGUUCCUGAUCAAGCAGUUGUUUCAGAGGUCGCUCGUGAUGCUACUGAACAUGCAUCUUCCUGCACACAUACUGCAGAUUUACGUCACGAUAAUGAAGCCUCCUCCUCCUCCUCCUCCUCUAUGCAAAAACCGGAGGAUCCAAAAGCAGAAUCAGACAUCAAGUAUCCAUUCCUCAAACAUACAAGCCAUAUGCUGGGCAGCAUUCCUGCUCCAUUUGCUUCACAGUUCACUUCAAAAGAUGCUGGAAUCCAUCUCAAUUCAGCUCCACAAGCUUCAAGUUCGGUUCGUGUCACUGCAGGCAUGAUUAUCAUAAGAAACAUGGCACUAAAUGGAGAGGAAGUGAACAACUUGUAUGGCAAGAAUUCAGACCUCAACUUUAUCUAUUUGUACGGGAUCAUGGAAGGUGACAUCGAUUCGUCUCAGCUGUUACCAACUACUGGUGUACAUUCCAGCAAGUCAGGACCUCUGAUGUCUCGCUACUUCAUGUACUUCUUCAUCUUGUUCUGGGUUCUAAUCCUAUCGGUGAGUUUCAAAGUUGGAAGCUGCAUCCGUUCGAGGUGACUCGUCAAGUUUGAAAAUUUGUAGUAGUAUCAGCUUUAGCUGGUUGUUUAGAAACUUUCUAGGCUCCCAAAUACAACCACAUUUAGACCAACUGUGAACGAAUUGUUUGCUAACCUUUUAUCUCUCUCUUCUUUUGCUUUUCAACCUCUUUAACUUUCCAGAGUUGAUAGUUGCAGGGCUUUGCUGUACUUACCAUUUUAUGAGAGUAAAGGUUGCGAACUUCUUUGGAUGAACCAUUGUAAUCUUGAAUAAGCAAAAUCUGUCUCCUCUGGCUAUGCCAUAAGGAUUUCCAGUGGUAUAUACUUUCAAAUC